UGUAGGGGUUAGAGCAACCAAGAGUGAGAGAGAAGGAGAGAAAGUACUAAUGGGUAGUGAAAGUGAAGAAAAUAUCCCAUGCCUGGUUUUUUCCCGGGACCAGUUAGAGGAAGGGAGUGAGGAAUGGAAAAAAAUGAGCAAGAAAGUGAGAGAAGUAUGUGAGAACCAUGGCUGCUUCCUCUUCAAGUUUGAUGAGAUCCCUAAGGUUCUAACGGAAGAUAUGUUUAAGUGCUUACAAACCUUGUUUAACCUACCUGAAGAAACUAAGAGGAAGUACAUAAGCCCAACGCUUUUUAGUAGCUACGCUAGUGAGAACCCUAGGAAACAACCCUUCUCUCAAACCUUUGGGGUCGAUGAAGCUCACCUUGAGGAUUCUGCUCAGGCCUUCACUAACCUCAUGUGGCCUCAGGGAAACCAAGCUUUCUGUGAGACAAUGAAAUCCAUGAGCUCCAAGAUGCUUGAACUGAGUAUCCUGAUCCAGAAGAUGAUUCUAGAGGAUUAUGGCCUUCCAAAGCAAUACACUUCAGAUUUUAAAGACAUGAGCACUAGUAAUUUGCGGUUGAUUAAAUAUAAAGUUCCUAAGAGUGAUGACAAAGGUGUUGAAAAUGCCUUGGGGCCCCACACCGACAAAAGUAACUUAACUAUUAUAUGUUCAAACGAAGUUCAGGGUCUUCAAGCGCUAACCAAGACCAACAAAUGGAUUCCAUUGAACAUACCCAAGGACUGCUUCGCGGUUUUUGUUGGGGACCUACUCAAGGCAUGGACCAAUGGGAGAAUUCAUGCAGCUACCCAUAGAGUUACAAUGAGUGAAGAUAAAGAGAGGUACUCAUUUGGUCUAUUUUCAUUGCCAAAGGAUGGUAUCAAGAUUGAGGUGCCACCAGAGUUGGUGGACGACAAAAUACAUCCUCUACGUUAUCGACCAUUCACUUAUGGGGAUUACAUUCAAUACUUUCUUUCAAUUGAUCGCAAGGAAAAUACACAUGCACUUGAUUUAUUUGCAGGCGUUUGAUCGCUAUGUAUAUAUUAUAGUACUAUAUAAGGGCACAUAUAUCUUAUAAAUAAGAGCAUUGUGUUGUUCUCAAGAAUUAUAGUCGUGCCCUUUUCUGCAACUAUAUGUACCAAAGAAACGCACACCUCAAUCUUCAUUGCCUUGCUUUAAUUAGCUCCCUCGGAUUUCAUUGAUGUGGGAUUGGACUGGUUUGCUUAGCCUCUUCUGUGGGAUUUCAGAUUCGAUGUUCCCUUGACGGGUGAGAGACUGAGAGGGGUUGCUCACUCCUUGUCUUGGACACUGGCUCUGGUAUUUGUUGGCAGAUUAGGCUCUGUUUUGUUCCCCUGUUUCAUGUUCUUUCCCUGUUCUUUGUCUGUCUGUGCUUGUACUUUCUUUCUCUUUUUCCCCUUUGUAAUUUAACUCAGGGUUGAAGUACCCUUCUACUUUAUUUAUACAAUUUGUCUUACCUAAA